AAACGUGGCCUGCUUUUGCGUAAGUAAAUUGCGCGUAAGUGUAGCAUUACUGCUCAAACACACCAUAUCCUCCUGAAGUCGUGAUCGCGCACCGCCUCGAUCGGCAGCCACAGGGCGGCGGGGGAAACUAGCGAGUCAGCUCUCCCUCUACCUGUCCGGUGCCUGCCAUGUCAGCGCCUGGCGCGACCGGCGCCCGUCCGCGGCAGCGCCGGAGGUGGCGCCUGUACUGGUGCUACGUGUGCCGCCGCGCCCUGCGCACCGUGUCGUCCCCCACCUCCGACGUCUUCUGCCCGCGCUGCCUCGGCCGCUUCCUCCACGAGAUCGAGCUGCCGACGCCGGUGCACUCACCGAUCGAGCAGCUCUUCCAGCCGCCGCCGCCAUUGCCCACGUACUUCCAGCCGCCGCCGCCAUUGCCCACGUACGAGGGCGCCCCUCGCCACUGGGUCAUUUACAGGGGCGAGGACGACGACGGCGACACGCCGCGCCCACGCCGCCGUCGCCGGGUCCCGUCCCCACCCCCGUUCCCGGGCACGCGCGGCGGCCUGGACGGCGCCGAUGCCGGUCCACCGGCCACCGGCUUUAACCCAGCAGAGUUCUUCACCGGCCCCAACCUCAACGCGCUCAUCGAGGGGCUCACGCAGAACGACCGCCCGGGUCCGGCGCCGGCGCCGGCAUCGGCCAUCGACUCGCUCCCGACGGUGCGCAUCUCGCCGGCGCACAUGGCGGACGGCUCGCAGUGCCCCGUGUGCAAGGAGGAGUUCGAGCUCGGGGAGACCGCGCGUGAGCUGCCGUGCAAGCACGCCUACCACUCCGACUGCAUCGUGCCAUGGCUCCGGCUCCACAACUCCUGCCCGGUCUGCCGCCAGGAGCUGCCACUGCCGACCGGCGAGUCUCCUGAUGGCAGCGGCGGCAGCGACGGCGACGGAGGAGCGGAGAGGAGGGAGCCGCCGGGGCAGCUGAUGGCCGGCUGGGGCCCUCUGGCGUGGCUGUUAAUGCUGGGGGAUCCGGGCGUGGGAGGAUGGGAGCAUGGAGCUGAACGGCGCGGGAGCAGGGAAGGGGAGGACGGCGCUGAUGACGGCGGCGGCAAUGCCAGCUCCGGGCUCUCUGGCCCGACGAUCAUGCGGUCCUUUGUUCUCGUCGCUGCUUGCUUCUUCUUCGUCUCCUUUUUCGUUUGAGAAAUGGCGGGCUGAACGCUGCUAGCACGUGUGCUUGAAUCCAGAGUUUCCAGACACAUCUCGAGAAGCCCAAAUUCAUUUCUUCAGAAAGUGAAGCCCGAAUUCAUUUCUUCAGAAAGAGAAGCCCAAAGAUUCAUGUGCAGCUAGCUUGAUCACACACAAAAAAAAAAACUGUACAGAUCUAACCCUUCCGAAAUGUACUUACCUGACCAUACACCUUCGCUGCUAACAUUCAAAAUACUGGGCUGCCUGCCAUUUAUUGGGCCAUUUGGAACACAGAAAUAGUGCUUAUAUUUGUAAAAAGAUGGG